CCUUCUAACCCCUCCUUAUCUUUCCACAAACGAGGGAAAAAAAUGCCAACUUUUCCCCGUGUUUCUCCUGGGAGAUGGCGAGAGAGAGCCUCGAGAGGUCUCAUCUCGGCUCUCAGUCUCUUAGUUUUCGCCUUCUUGGAUCUUGUGGACUUCGUUCUGUGCUUCUUCUUUAGGUUUGUUGAUGGAGUUCUUGAGGGGAAUCCCAUCCCAUGCUACUGCUGGAACAGAAGAGAGAAACAGGGAAGUCCGGAUGGGGUGGGAGAAGAGGAGGAGGUCUCAGAAACAUUGUAUGGGAGGAGGAAUCUUUUCAGGGAAAUUGGCCUUGUUAGUUAUGGGGGAAGGAGCGGUGAAAAGGAAGGAAAAGGAGCUUCAAGGUCCACACGCCGAUGGUCCGACUGUGGUUGUGAGUCGUGUAUCUCGUGGCAGGGGAAGGAAGAGGAGAAGCUUUACUUGAUGGUGAGAGAGCCAUCUCAAGCUAGAAAUCACUGGGGGAAUUCUUUUGAAAGUGUGAUUUUCUUACAUGGGUUCCUUUCUUCUUCGUCACUGUGGCUAGAGACAGUUUUUCCGAAUCUCUCUGAAGUUGCGAAGCAUAAUUUUAGGGUGUUUGCAGUGGAUCUCUUGGGUUUUGGUGGAAGUCCAAAGCCAACAAAUUGUAUGUAUAGAUUGAAAGAACAUUUAGAAAUGAUUGAGAAAUCUGUAGUCAAACCAUUUCAGUUGAGCUCUUUUCACUUAGUUGCUCACUCAAUGGGUUGUAUAAUCGCGUUGGCCUUAGCAGCAAAAUAUCCUGAAUCUGUUAAAUCGAUCACAUUGAUUGCACCACCAUACUUUUCUUCAACUGAAGUGAGAGCAAGUCACACUGCCUUGAACAGACUAGCUGAAAGGAAAAUUUGGCCGCCGUUGCUCUUCGGGUCUGCAAUUAUGUCAUGGUAUGAACAUUUGGGUAGAACUGUUUGCUUCAUUUAUUGCAGAAAUCAUGCCAUGUGGGAAUGGAUUUUGAAGCUACUCACAUGGAGAAGGGAUCUGAACUUCAUGAUUACAGAUUUAACAAAGCAUACCCAUCACUCAGCUUGGCACACCAUGCACAAUGUGAUUUGUGGAGCGAUGAAGUUAAUGGAUAAGCACUUGGAAGUUGUGAAUGAAGUAGGAAUUUCAGUGAAAAUAAUUCAAGGAGACAGAGAUCAGGUGGUUCCUCUGGAAUGUAGCUACAGUAUGAAAUCGAAACUUCCCCUUGCAGACCUCAAGAUCAUUGCUAAUGCUGACCACAACACUGUGAUGGUAGGCAGGGAAAAGGAUUUCACAAGGGAACUAGAACAAAUUUGGUUCACUUCCAUAGAAAGCAAGUUGUCAUGAAGAUGUGCUGCCGAAUUCUUUGAUACUUUGUACUAAAUGGAUUCACCAACAUGCCUCAUUUGGGUCAAUAAAAAUUCCUAUACAACCCUGAGCUUGACAUGAUUGGCUGGGCUACUAGCUUGUACUGUUGGCAUUGCUUGUUCAUUAUGUGAAUGCAUUUUAGAUGAUUUCAUUCAAUUUAUAUUUUAAUCGGAAAUUGUUGCAUUCUACCAA